AUGGUGGCCCAGGAAGAACCACCCGCUGGCCCCGUGGCCGUGCCCAACGACGCACUGUCUGCGCCCCGCAGCGACAGCAAUCCACUCACCUACGCGAGCAUGGAGGAGUACGUGCGUCUGCAAAAGGGAUCGCGUGCCAUCACGUCCGUGCUCAUCGCCAACAACGGCAUUUCAGCCGUCAAGGCCAUUCGCAGCAUCCGCAGCUGGAGCUACGAGAUGUUUGCAGACGAACACGUCGUGAGCUUCUUUGUCAUGGCCACACCGGAGGACCUCAAGGCCAACGCCGAGUACAUUCGCAUGGCCGAGCACGUCGUCGAAGUACCCGGCGGGUCGAACAAUCACAACUACGCCAAUGUCUCGCUGAUCGUUGAGAUCGCCGAGAGGUACAACGUCGACGCUGUGUGGGCGGGAUGGGGCCACGCCAGCGAGAACCCCCUGCUGCCGGACUCGCUCCUUCAGACGGAGCGCCAGAUCAUCUUUAUUGGUCCCCCAGCCAAGCCCAUGCGUGCUCUAGGCGACAAGAUCGGCUCGACUAUCAUCGCUCAGAGUGCCAAGGUGCCCACUAUCGCCUGGAAUGGGGACGGCAUGCAAGUCGAUUACAAGGAGCACGACGGCAUCCCCGACGAAGUCUACAACGCGGCUAUGCUGCGCGACGGCCAGCACUGUCUCGAUGAGUGCAGGCGCAUUGGCUUUCCCGUCAUGAUCAAAGCUAGCGAGGGUGGAGGCGGCAAGGGCAUUCGCAUGUGCCACGAAGAAUCGCAGGUCCCCAGUGCGUGGGAGGCCGUGCGUGGCGAAAUUCCUGGAUCGCCCAUCUUUGUCAUGAAACUAGCGCCCAAGUCACGCCACUUGGAAGUGCAGCUGCUGGCCGACACCUUUGGCAACGCCAUCGCUCUUAGUGGCCGUGACUGCUCUGUGCAGCGUCGCCACCAGAAAAUUGUAGAGGAAGGACCCGUGCUUGCGCCCAGCGAGGAGGUGUGGGAGACGAUGAUGCGCGCCGCGACUCGUCUUGCCAAAGAGGUCGAGUAUGUUAAUGCUGGCACGGUCGAGUACCUGUUUAGUGAGCUACCAGAGGACAACGGUGAUUCCUUCUUCUUUCUGGAGCUGAAUCCGCGUCUACAAGUGGAGCAUCCGGUGACGGAGAUGAUCACUCACGUGAAUCUGCCGGCGGCUCAGUUGCAAGUGGCGAUGGGCAUCCCGCUUUACUGCAUCCCGGAUGUGCGUCGUCUCUACAGCAAAGACGCUUUCGAGACGACCCCUAUUGAUUUUAAUACGGAAAAGCAAAAGCCCCCGCAUGGCCAUGUGAUUGCGGCGCGCAUCACGGCGGAGGACCCAAAUGCUGGCUUCCAGCCGACCAGCGGUGCUAUUCAAGAGCUCAACUUCCGCAGUACACCCGACGUCUGGGGUUACUUCUCGGUGGAUUCGUCCGGUCAGGUGCACGAGUUCGCCGACUCGCAGAUUGGUCACCUGUUCUCGUGGAGUCUAACUCGUGAAAAGGCUCGUAAGAACAUGAUUCUUGCGCUGAAAGAGCUGUCCAUCCGUGGCGAUAUCCAUACGACCGUCGAGUACAUCGUGAACAUGAUGGAGUCCGACGAUUUCCGAUACAACCGCAUCUCGACGUCGUGGCUGGAUGAACGUAUCUCGCACCAUAACGAAGUGCGUUUACAGGGUCGCCCGGACCCCCUGAUGGUGGUUCUCGUCGGUGCUGUAUGCUGUGCCUACCAGGCAUCGAACACGCUUCAAGAGGAGUACGUCAGUCAGAUCGAGCGUGGGCAGCUUCCCCACAACGACUAUUUGUCGCAGCAAGAGUCGCUUGAGCUCAUUUAUGAGGGUAUCAAGUACAACAUCAAGGCGUGUCGCAGCGGUCCGAUCCAGUUCACACUUUAUUGCAAUGGCUCGUACGUGCAGGUGGAGAUUCGAACGCUAUCGGACGGUGGAUUUCUUGUCCUGCUAAACGGCAAGUCACACGUCGCAUAUGCUACUAAGGAAGCACAGGGUCUACGCCUUGUUGUUGACAGCCACACGUGCGUGUUCACUAAGGAGUACGAUCCGACCCGCUUGGUGACGAACACGGCCGGCAAGCUUGCUCGCUACUUAGUAGACGAUGGCGCUAGUCUGCGUCGCGGUAUGCCGUACGCUGAGAUCGAAGUGAUGAAGAUGUACAUGCCGCUGCUGACGCCGGAAGCCGGUGUCAUUCGCCUGCUAAAGUCUGAGGGUGCCGUCCUGGCGCCGGGCGAUUGCAUUGCUACAAUGGAACUUGACGAUCCAUCAUGUGUAAAAAAGUCCGACGUAUACAUGGGCAAGCUUCCGUCGUCGGAGAAUACGAAUGGAAACAGCACUAAGGCCGUUCACAAGAUGCGCAAGGCGUUGGCACUGUUAAAAAGUGUGUUGCAGGGCUACUUCGCUCCGGAGGACCUGACACAAAAGGCACUGACCGACCUGUUCCAAGUACUGAAAGACCCUCUUUUGCCUGUGGAGGAAAUUAAAGAGGCUUUGUCGUCGCUGGCUGGCCGGAUCCCGCUCGAUGUGUUUGCGAAGAUCACGGACAAGAUUCAGACAUUCAAGAAAGCAGUGGUUGAGGGACCUACGGCUACUCACGAGUUCGACGUGGCGGAGGUAGUUGAGAUUCUUCACGAGCACAAGAAGACGCUCACGACGGAUCGUCAGCGCUCAGACUUUGAAGCCUCUGUGGUCAAACUAUAUGACAUUGCCGCGAAGUACUCGGGCGGUCUACAAUCUGGCCAGGAGACUGUGCUGACAGAGCUGGUCAACGAGUAUUUCAUGGUUGAGACCGUGUACGCGAAUUCGCACAACGUCGAAGAUGUAGUGAUGGCUCUACGUCAACAAAACGCAGCUGAUCUGAACAAAGUUUAUGCAACCGCCCGUUCCCACCAAGCACUGGAGGCAAAAAACAAGCUACUGCUGCAACUCCUUGUCCAGAUGGCCCGCGACACGCCAUGCAAGUCGAUGAAGGCGUCAGCAUUCGUGCCGCUUCUUGAGAAGCUUGCUACACUCAAGGAAAAGCAGUACUCGCUAGUAGCUCUGGAGGCACGUCAGCUCCUGAUUGACAACAAAAUGCCGUCAUACCGCGACCGUCUCAGCCAGGUGGAGAGAGUGCUCAAAAAUUACAUUGCGGACGAGUCAUCGACCGGUCUUGCUACCGCUUGCAGUGACCUUCUCGAUCAGUCGCAGCCGCUCUUUGACCUGCUUAUCUCGCUUCUCGAUCACGAGGAGCAACGGGUCCGCGAGUUGGCUCUUGAAUUGUAUGUGCUGCGCGUGUACCGCUCGUACGUUAUCGAGUCGAUGGAGACGAUGACCUUCAACGAUAUUUUUGCGAAGACGUUUCAGUUCCGGUCGCCCGUCGUCGACGCACUGGCCGUCGGAGUCGCCCCCGCUGAAAGCUACGAUGACCUGGCGAGUCUACUGCGUCGCAACAGCUCUGCUAGCUCGCUGGACUUGCACAACUCAGACAGCGGCGAAGAGCGGGAAUCGGUUGAGAAACCGCCUGCCAAGCCGGUCGAGACCUAUCAGAAGAUCUCUGCGGACUCCGAGCGCCAUGGCGCUAUCGUUCGUGUCGCAAAUUUAGCGACGUUCACGACGUCGUUCGCGGACAUUAUGACCCUGUUCCCACUGGCGAAAAAGACGUUAUCGGUGCGCAGGGACCCGCUCGUGAACGUCCUGCACAUCCUCUUGGUGGACGAACACUUGGACGAGACGGAUUUAUUGCAACAGGCACAGUCCUACCUCAAGUCGGUGGACGAGGACUUGCGUGCGCACGACAUCCGUCGCGUGACGUUUUCUGUGCGCCCACAGAACAUCGAAAACGUAUCCGUGCACAAUGCUGACAUGGCUCUGUACCCAAGCAUUUACACGUUCCCCGGUCGCCUCAAGUACAGCGAAGACAAGAUAUUGCGCCACAUCGAGGCGCCACUUGCUUAUAAGCUGGAACUGCGUCGUCUCCAGAAUUAUAGCGUCACCCCGUUGGCAUCGGAGAACAAGAACGUGCACUUGUACCUGGCCAAGGUAAAGGAAUCUGACGCGCACAUCGUGACCGACCGUUUCCAGCGCAUCUUCGUCCGUGCUGUCGUGCGUCAACUUGACCAUGAUGGAAGUGGCUCUCGCUCGCAGUACGACGCCUACCCAGGCCCAGAGCGCUCACUCGUUGACGCGUUGAACGCCCUAGAAGUGAAUCUGGCCAAUCCUCUUGUGAAGAAGUCGUCGCUAUCGACGAAGAACAAUCACGUGUACCUGAACAUUCUGCCGCAGGCUAUCGUGGACCCGCAGUACCUUGAGGGCGUGAUUCGCAUUCUAGCCUACCGCUACGCCGAGCGCUUGGAACAGCUGGGCGUAUCGACAGUAGAGCUGAAGAUCAUAGCGCGAUUCAACAGCGAAGCAACAGCGAUCCCUGUUCGCCUCGUGGCAGAGAACCCUACGGGCUACGUGGUUCGCGUGCAGGCGUAUGUCGAAGCUGCUGGUCACGACGAGCCAAUCUUUACUUCCAUUGGUGACGAGACUCACGGUGAGCUCGACGGAAUGCCAGUCACGACGCCGUACCCUGUCGUGUUUCCGUUCGACAAGAAGCGGCAGAUGGCAAAGGCGAUGUCCAAUACGGUGUACGUGUACGAUUUCCUCGAGCUUAUUGAGUACAAUCUGCUACGUCAGUGGCGAAAGUACGUGCAGCAGCGUACUCGCGGUGGCGGCGCGAAGAUCACCAUUCCGAACCUGCUCAUGGAGGCGCGCGAGCUCAUUCUCGAUGCGUCGGGUAAGGCUCUCACUGAGACGUCACGCCCUCGUGGUCAGAAUGACAUCGGCAUGGUGGCGUGGCUGCUGACGCUGUACACUCCAGAGUUUCACGACGGACGUGAAAUCAUCGUUAUUGCCAAUGACAUCACGUUCAAGGCUGGCUCCUUCGGUACUCGCGAAGACACGCUGUUUGACUUGGCGUCAAAGCUGUCUCGCUCGAAAAGUAUUCCUCGCUUUUUCUUUUCUGCGAACGCCGGUGCUCGUAUCGGCAUGGCCGAGUCCAUCAAGGCUUUGUACAGGAUCUGCUGGAAAGACGACACAAAUCCAACCAAGGGCUUCGAGUACCUGUAUCUCACGGCUGAAGAUUACAAAAAUGCGUCGUCCGAAGGCUCUGUCAACGCAGAGCUGCUGGUCACCAGCUCGGGCGAAGAACGCUACGUGCUUAAGGACAUUGUGGGUCGCGAGGUCGAUCUGGGCGUAGAGUGCCUUCGCGGCAGCGGAACAAUUGCUGGUGAAACGGCGCGUGCCUACAAAGAUGUGUUUACACUAACGUAUGCCUGCGGGCGCAGUGUCGGUAUCGGCGCCUACCUGGUCCGACUAGGCCAACGCACUGUGCAAAACGCUACGCACUCGCCGAUCAUUUUGACGGGUUACCAAGCACUUAACAAGCUCAUGGGCAAGGAAGUGUACACCUCGAAUGACCAGUUGGGCGGCGUGAAGAUCAUGCACACCAAUGGUGUGACGCACUUGACGUCGAAGAACCACCUUUCGGGCAUCUACUCGAUUCUCGAAUGGCUGAGCUUCGUGCCGGCGGUUCGCCGCGGUCCGCUGCCUAUACGUGACUUGACGGGAAUGGACGAGCUUGAGCGCACGGUGGAUUUCUGUCCCAAGGACAAGGGUACGCAGUACGACCCGCGUGCGCUACUGGCGGGUAAGAUUGACGACGUAACGGGUACGUGGGUAUCGGGACUCAUGGACAAAGAUUCGUUCCGUGAGACGCUUGCCGGCUGGGCGAAGAGUGUGAUUGUCGGGCGUGGCCGUCUCGGUGGCAUUCCGUGCGGCGUGGUGGUCACGGAGGUUCGCACUUCUGAAAAGCUCAUUCCGGCUGACCCGGCGGCGCCUGCGUCGCAAGAGAAUCUGGUGCAGCAGGCCGGUCAGGUGUGGUUCCCGGACUCGGCUCACAAGACGGCUACUGCCAUCAGAGACUUCAAGGGCGAGGACUUGCCGCUUUUUAUAUUGGCGAAUUGGCGUGGUUUCUCCGGUGGUCAGCGUGAUAUGUUCGACGAGGUGCUGAAGUUCGGUGCUGCCAUUGUGGACGGUCUUGUCGGCUACGAGCAACCCGUCUUCGUGUACAUCCCGCCAUUUGCUGAGCUGCGCGGUGGCGCCUGGGCUGUGGUGGAUCCGACCAUCAAUGAAGGUGUCAUGGAGAUGUACGCGGACCCGCAGGGUCGUGGCGGCGUGCUGGAGCCUGCUGGUCUCAUCGAAAUUAAGUACCGCAAGAAUCAGCUUUUGCAGACCAUGCAUCGACUUGAUGACAAGCUCAAGCUACUCACCGCCCGUCUGGCCGAGCUGCCGCCGACAAAGAAGGAGACCGAGGGUGCUAACAUUGCGGCUGAAAUCAAGGCCCGUGAGGAUACGUUACUUCCGAUCUAUGUGCAAGUAGCCACGGAGUUCGGUGAUCUUCACGACACGCCCGGUCGCAUGAGGUCUGUGGGCUGCAUUCGUCAAAUUGUACCCUGGGCAAACUCGCGGAAAUUCUUCUACUGGCGUUUGAAGCGCCAACUCGCGGAAUUCUCGCUGCGCCGCCAGGUUGUGGCCGCCAGUACCGGUGGUCCCCGCUCUGCGACGUUCGUCAGCGCCGAGCACAUUCUGAAGGGCUGGUUCACGGAGGCUGUGAACGGUGGCCGUGUGCCUCGUCAACAGAAUGUGUCGGUGUCCGAGCUUUGGUCGCACAAUGACUGUGAUGUGCUUCUGUGGCUGUCGAGUGACAAGGAAUGGAUCGCUUCACGCGUGGCUGAUCUUCGCCAGGAGCAGAUGGCCUCGCAGGUCGUCGAAAUCGGCCGCAAGGACCCCAAGGCUGCGGUGGCAGGCAUCCUGGAAGUGCUGAAUCUACUGAAUGACAAGGACCGCGAGGAGGCCAUCGCUGCACUGCGUCGUGGUUCGAUUUUCCACAAGUAG